AAUUUUUUUUUUACUCUUUUUCUCUUUAUCAAUUGUAAAUUCGGUGAAUCCUCAUGAAGUAAUUUUCUCUGUACAUUCGAUGAACGUCAUUCUCUUCCUUUGUGCCUCUUCUUGGAUGUUUUCCAGCGCUUAUGAUUAAAGUUGAAAUACGAUUAAAUAAGAGGAUCGAUUUUGUUGGAUCGAUCAAUUGAAGUGAAGAUCAAACCAGUUACUUGGGUUUUCUUUCAACUCUCUCAACAUCUUCUUCUUUUACAUUACUUGUUUUCUACUGACAACAACUUGGUAACUGUUGUGCCUUUUAAUGUUAUUGUUUAGUUUAAUUUUUUAAUCUCUCACAACAAACAAACACCACCAACACCACGGAAAAUGACCUACACUAGACGUAAUUGUUUCAUCAGUGGCUUAAUCGGAGGUGGUUUGAUGUUCUGUUUAAGUGCCAUUCUAACUUACCUUUUAUCUCCAUAUCUCAUAAAGUACAUUGUAUCUCAGAGGUUAAUUCUAUCAUCUCCAACCUCUGACACUUAUUCUGGUUGGAAAUUAGCUCCCAUUCCAAUUUAUGUUAAAUUUUACUUCUUUAAUGUUACCAAUCCAAAGGAAAUUAUCAAUGGAAGUGAACCAAUUCUUAAAGAACUUGGUCCAUAUACUUUUCUCGAGGUUCGUGAAAAAAUCAAUGUAACUUGGAAUCAUCAUGAUGGUUUAAUUUCAUAUCAACAAGUCGCUCGUUAUCAUCCGAUUCCGGAAAUGACUGUUGGCAGUCUUAAUGAUACAAUUGUCCAUUUAAAUGUACCAUUAGCUGGAAUGUUAAAUCAGGCGAAAAGAAAAGCUGAUGCAAUGAUCUAUGGUUUUGUCGAACAAGUUGCCGUUGGAAAUGGUGACGAUCUAUUCCUAAAUCAUACAGCAAGUGAAUUAUUAUUCAAAGGAUAUCAUGAUGAACUUCUUGAAUUCAUUGAAGAAGCUGGACUUUCCCCUGUUCGGGUUAGUCCGUUCAGUUUUUUCGGUGAUCGAAACAAUACCAAUACCGAUGGAUCUUUCACCAUUUACUCAGGUGAAUCUGGUACAUUAAGUCAAUUUGGUCUUCUUCAUUCUUGGAACAAUGAGAAACAAUUAAAUAUCUGGAAUGAUUCAAAGUGUAAUUCUUUCAAUUCCGCUUGGCCUGGUGAUCUUAGGCCACCCUAUCCGUCUAGUGAUCCUGAAGAGUUAUACCUUUUCGCUCCUGAUCUUUGCAGAUCAUUAACUCUUACCUACCUCAGUCGACGAUCAACCAAAGGAGUUGACACAAUUAGAUAUUGGCUAAGUCCAAGUUUAUUUGAUUAUAAUUUGGAUAAAAACAAAUGCUAUUGUAAUGGGCAAAGUUGUCCAGCCAAUGGUAUUUUUAACAUAUCAAUUUGUACUCAUGGUUCACCAGCAUCAAUAUCUUUUCCUCAUUAUCUUUUCGCUGAUCCAGUUUACACCAAAAAUAUUCAAGGUCUUCACCCAGAUCCUGAAAAGCAUUCAUUUUACAUGGAUAUAGAACCGAAUCUUGGAGUACCUGUGGAUACUAAAGCUCGAGUUCAGAUAAACAUGAUGCUGGAAAAAGAUGAUGAAAUUGAUUUUACCUCUAAUUUAAAAGCAUCAAUCAAUUUACCAAUUUUUUGGAGGGAAACUUCUGCUACAAUUAGCGAUGAUCUUAUAAGUCAAUUAAUUUUACUCCAGAAACAUGUUCCUAAUAUAAUUACAAUCGCCACGUUUACUCAAGUCACAAUUGCAGUCGCACUUAUGGUUGUCACAUUGAUCUUUGUCCUUAGGAUGAAUACGAUUAAUGAACUUGUUCCAAGACAAUCGAAACCAACAAGGAAACCAUUCCGACCGACACCCACUCGACCAUCCAAGAAGGCGUAUAAAACCGUUAUGACGACAAGUUUUGAAAGUUGAUCAUCAAAGUACAAUUAACUCACAAUCAACUUAUUUAAUCUUCUUUUUUAAUCAUCACAAUUUAGUUAUACUCUCUGUUUAUAUUACUAUUUACGAACUACUAUUAUUGACUUCGUGUUUUUUUUACAACAACAUCGCCAAAUCGUCUUUGCCUUUUUACACUAAUGAUUUUCUUAUUGAAACUUGGUUAACUUUUGUAAUUUUCUAAAUUAAUUAGUAAUCAUCAUCAUCAUCAUCAUCUCAUAUGGUAACAAUCAUCAGAUAAUCAGAUUGAUCACAAUUUCCUGUUUUACUUUCAAUCAACUCUCAACAUUUAUCUCUCUCGAUGUUUCAAGAAUUGAUACAAUUUUGAUUCUUCCUCAAUUCUUGAUUAUCAUUACUCAAAUUAAUUAGUUGAUGUACAAAAGAAAGCAAAACAAUUUGUGAUCCGUUAAUUGAGCUAAAUUAAUCUCUCUCUCCGAUUGUUUAUCUACAACAAUCAAAUUGUGCUCCUCAAUUUCUUUUACAACAAUUCUUAGAAAUCAAAAGAUAAUCUAAUCAUCUUGUUUUUAUGUACAUCGUUUAAUUGUCUAAUCAUAUCUUCAUCAAUCAACUCUCUCUCUUCCAAUGGAGCUGCUGAUUAUUUGCUCACCACCACCAUCAUCAUAAUCAUCUUUCUUCAUCAUAAUCAAAACAUUUUUUUUUACAUAAUUCUAAUUGUUAUCAACUUUUUCCAUCAUAACAUACUCGUAGCAAACUCAAACCGCUAUUAUCAAUCCUUUUUUUGACGAAUUAUUGAAUUCAACAAAAAAACAUAAUUAUAAUUACGAAACUUCAAUCGACAAUUGAGAAAUUAACUUCUUUCCAUCAAAAAAGAGAGUUAAAUUGUUGACUCCAAGAAUCAAUCAAACACAAUCUUAAUCUGCUCAAAUUAGUAAAUCUCUAUAAAUAUAUUUAUAGAAAUCCUUUUUUUAACUAAAAGCCAAAUUAUAUCCUUGUAAAUACCUUUUUCUGUAUUCUUUGUUUAUCAAUCAGAUUAAACAAAAGUAUUUCGUAUUUGCUGA